CUGGCGCCGAGAGUGAGCCUCUCUCGGGGCGAUGCGCCUCCCCGCCUCGCACGUUGAGCCCCUUCUUGCCUUCGCAGCCGAGGAGACACCGGGAUCUGCCUCCGCUCCCCUCAGCCCUCCCCCUCUCUCCCUCCUCCUUCUCGCCUCCUUUUCCUUUUUUUCCCCGAUUUUCCAUCCCCUCCCCCGCCUGGGAAGACCUGGCCGCUUCCCCCGCCCCGUCCUCAGUAGCCGCUGGCGCUGGACGGCGGGCGGCACGGAGCGGAGUGGGGAGCCUGCGCCCCGGGGCCGUGUCCGCCUUCCCCUUUGAUCGUCCUACGGGGUGCCAGAAAACAAAACAAACAAGCAAAAAAGGAAAUAGAUAAAAUGGAGCACAUGUUACUGCUGUUCAUACUUUUCAUACCUAUAUUGGGUCUCACUAAUGGAACAGAAACUGAACAAGAUUUUACUUGGCACUUAAAGAAGAUUCCCCAGAUUGUGAGCGAAAGAACUUUCUCCCUUGAGAGCCCUAAAUUUGAAGCAAAAACCAACUUGGAACUGAACAGUGUAUGUGGGAUUGAGUGUCAAAAAAAAUUGCCGGUGCCAAGCUUCUCUGAUUUGAAGGACCUCCUAUCCUAUGAGACUGUGUUUGAAAAUGGCACACGGACCCUGACUGAAGUGAAUGUCCUCGGACUAGUGCUUGACCCGGCUGGAAACACCACCACACGAAGGGCUACGAGAAAGAAGAGGCAGAUCUAUGGAACAGACAGUAGGUUCAGUAUCUAUGACAAGCGGUUUAUGACCAACUUUCCGUUCAACACAGCUGUGAAGAUCUCCACCGGCUGCAGUGGUAUUCUCAUUUCCCCCAAGCACGUGCUAACAGCUGCCCACUGUCUGCAUAAUGGCAAGGAUUAUGUUAAGGGCAGCAAAAGACUGAGGGUGGGCCUGAUGAAGACGAAAUCCAGAGGUGAUGGCAGGAAACGCAAAGGUGCUAGAAGAAGUAGGAGAGAAGUUUCUGCAGUCCAAGAAGAUCCUGAAGUUGCCACAGGGCUAAGGCGACGAUCCAGAGGUGGCAGGAGAAAGCAGAGGAGAUCUGGGAGGAAGCAGGGGACCUCAGACAGCAUGCCCUCCUUUCAGUGGACCAGGGUGAAGAGUACCCACAUCCCUAAAGGCUGGUUUAAGGGUGUUUCUGGGGAUAUCGCUCUGGAUUAUGAUUAUGCUGUUCUUGAGCUCAAGCGUCCCCACAAAAGAAAAUACAUGGAGCUGGGAAUCAGCCCAACAAUCAAAAUGAUGCCCAGAAGCAUGAUCCAUUUCUCAGGUUUUGACAAUGAUAGAUCUGGGCAGCUGGUCUAUAGAUUCUGUAGCAUUUCUGAUGAGUCCAAUGAUCUCUUUUAUCAGUACUGUGAUGCUGAGCCCGGCUCCACUGGAUCUGGCAUCUAUCUACGCCUUAAGGAACCAAACAAAAAAAAAUGGAAACGCAAGAUCAUCGCUGUUUACUCAGGCCAUCAGUGGGUGGAUGUCAAUGGUGAACAGCAGGAUUACAAUGUAGCAGUAAGAAUUACUCCUCUCAAAUAUGCCCAGAUUUGCUUCUGGAUACAUGGGAAUGAUGAGAAUUGCAUGCAAGGCUGAAGAGAGCUGAACCUGACUCACUAGCACCCAUAUUAUCACAGAAUGAAUGUCUGCUGCAGCAGUUACUGGAAGAACAUCCCUCCAUGUCAGGAUGUUUUUGAACUGAAAGCUCACAAAUAAUGUUAUGGUGACUUGAGGAACGCUGAAUUCCUGGGGGAUGGGUAGAAUUGUCAAACAAAAUAUUUCUAACUGUAAUCAACCCUAGAUAUGCACUUAAAAUCCCAAACUGUAUUUAUGUUUGCAAUUCUGAUAAAUUCCAAUCAUUCACAUCAGAAAAAAGUUACUACACUUUUUUUUUCCAAAAAGAAGGAUUGAAACAUCUCAAACUGAUGUUAUUAAACAGUAUCUAUUUUUUCCAAUGGAUUUGCUUUUCUCAGGGUUCUGUUCCAAUUCUUCAAACGCAAGCUGUACGUACAGCACAUUACCAUAUGUGCAGGAUGAUCCAGAGAACUGCAUGAGACCAAGACAUUAUUUUGGCAUUUCCUAAAGACCACAGCUCCAUGUUGAGAAGCAGCAAUCUAGUUCAUGCUUGUUUCUUUGGAAAACUUCAUCCUCUGGUUGCUGCAGGAACAAUUCCAUGGAAAUCCCAAAUUUCUGUAGCUGAGGGUUAGACCUUAAAGAGAAGUUUCACUUCAUUGCUCAGUAUAAACAGUGGCAAGAAACUGAUGAACAUAGAAGUUUGCAUGUUUGGAAGAAGAAGGAAAAAUGUCAGGACAUAAUUUAAUGCUUUUAAAUCUCCUUUUAGAAGCUAUAGAAGUCUUAAGCACAUGCAUUUACAUUCCAAUUAGAGUUUGGAGAGCUGUAGGUUUAGUUUCUAGUCAAAUGUUUAGCUUUACCACUGGGAAAAGUCACUGACUUCUGAAGUGGCUACUUGACAAUCAUUUAGAGCUCCAGAGGUGGUGGAUUUUUUGGGUGCUAACAGUUUUAGCAAUUUUUAUAAAAUACUUUUAUAUGAGUUCAGCUUCAUAGAUAGGAUAGUGUGUGUUAGACUGGGAACUGGAAAGCAGUUUUCUAGUUUCUGCAAACUGGGUAGUUUUAAUCAUGUCAUAUUCAGACUUCACCUCCACGUAAGUUAUAAGGUUAAAGAUAAAAUUUCUCCCAGCUAAGUUAUAUGACCUUCUGAAUGGUAGAAGAACUAUCCUGUACAUUAUAACAAAUAUCUUGUUAGGUAGCAGCAGCAGUAGUUAGCAAAUAAUUUGGUUCAAUACGUUUGCUGAACCAUAUAUUUAAUGAAAACACAAAGUGAGCUUGACUUUCACACACCUUUACACACAGAAGUCUAUGUCUUUUAUUUUAUAUCAAGACUUUGAAGUACACAGGAUUGUUAUGGUGCAACAAUCUACUAACAUAAAAUUAUACUGUGUAUUUCUGAUCAUAUCCUUCUGUGCAGAAGAAAAAAAAAAGACCAAAAACCAAAACCACAAGAUUUUAAAAUACGAUUUGUUUGUUGGUAUUUUUAAAAUACGCUUGUAAUGUUUUUUUAAUGAAAUAAUAUAAUUUUUAAUAAGCCACUUUUUUUGUAGGUGAUUGAAAGUAUAAAGCCUGACACUUUGAAUAUGCAGGCAACUUUGUCAUAUCAUUGCCUUAGCACAAAAAUUUAAGACCUGCUUCCAUACCAUAACUCUAACAAUAUUUUGUUAUUUGGAAGAGAUCUCACUUUAAAAGAAGCUAUUUCUUUUAAAGUCAGCCUUUAGAGGGAACACUUUAACUUUUUUUCUUUUUUUAAAUAAUUUUGUGUGUUUGUUUGCAGAAAACUAAUAAUAAUUUUUAAAGUUUAGAAAUUAAUGUCUAAGAUUUUAAGAUUAAUUAUUUUUAUUAUUGUCAUCUCUAUGAAGACAUAUAGCCUCACUGACAGUAAUUUUAAACCACUUCAGUCCAGUGUUUAAUACUUUUGCUCUAUGCAACAGGCCUACAAUAUUUGUUAGCUGGCUCUGUAAUGUUUCUCUUAAGUGCCUUCUUCCAUAGUCACUGUGACAAAUAAGGUACCACAUUGUUAAUCCAAUAUGAGUCAACCUAGGUUCAUGGAUUUUGUUACACUGUUGAUUUGGGUCCAAAACUGAUAAGGUAGCUUAGUAAAUUCUUUGUUUUGGUGAGUCUUACUUGGGUGUACUCCUUGGGAGCAGAAAUAUAAUCUAUUUCUUUAUUAGUUUGGGAAUCAGGGACAAGAUAAGAAUGAAAAAUGCCAAUGUCAGCUUUCAAAUUGUAAAUACCUCAGACACAACCUGAAGUUCUCAUACCAGGCUGACAACAAAAGUUUGUCCUCGGAGGAUAAAUAUUAGCUGCUCACUGCCUCAUUUUAUUAAAGAGGCUGGCCAGAGCAACAUAAAAAAUAAUCAGUCUGUAUCUGUAUUCAAGCCUCUGUCUGAGUGCACAUGCACAAACACAGGCAAAUACAUGGGCUUGUAAAGCAUGUGCUGUUUUGACUAUGUCAGUGCCUUCAGGCAAGGGAAUGUAGGCACAAGAAGACAUGGACAAAAUGUUGUUCCUGUUGUAUCUGCAUACCAGGCAACAUUUCAGCUCUGCUAUCUGGCCUAACCAAGAAGGAAAUACUUUAUGGAGGCAUUGUGACUGAUUGCUACAGGGAUUUCCGAAAUCGUUCAUUAUUUGAGUACUUACACAGAACCCCAGGAAGUCAAUGUCUGUGUGGAGUUCUUGGUACCAGCCACUGCAAAUGGGACAAGAAUAUCUGAGCCGUGAUCCUCUCAGAUUUCCUUAAAAAACCUGCAGUCUGUGUCUAGUUACCAAUGAGAAAAUACAUGGAGGGGCUAUUCUUAGCAGAUCAGAUCUGCUGUUGUCUAGGACACCAGCAUCAAAGCUUGGUUCCCAGCCCAGAAGGGGACAGAGUGUUUGUGAUAUUUCCCCAAAGGAUUUUUCCCUCUUUCAAGAACUGGCCGAUAUAACAUUUGUUUUUGUCAGUACUAAUGCUUUUCCAUAAGAGUUGAGUAGGUCUUUUUCUUUAACUCUUUUCAUGGCCUUAGCUAAAAAGAAACUCAGUUAAAUCCCUUUUCUGCUAGGGAGCUUCUGGCAACUUGCAGAGUUAACCAGUAAAUUUCUCCUGGGCCAAAGAUAAACCUCAUGUACAAACUGUUAAUACGCCCAGACCAGCUCCUGGAAGGCGUUUGUGCAUGUGUUGACUUUGGUGCUCUGAGACAUGUGAUAGAAGUCAUACCUGCAAUGUGAAAAAUGAAGCUGAAGUUUGUAUUAUCUUAAUAAAAGGAAAACACAAUGUUAGAUAGCAAAAUUAUUUCUGUUAUACAAGGUAUAAAGUACCCAAUGCUUUAAUAAUUGCUUAAAGAAACUCCUUGAGUCAGUUUAUAAUUUACCAUCCAAAUUUUGUAGAUUUAUGAGUCUUUAUGGAGUAUGAAUCAGCACAGAUUAUGGCUUAAGUAAGAAAAUAUUUCCUCUACAUGUGGAGGAGAGGAGCAGCUGGAGAGUUCCUCCUAUUCUGCUGAUAAGGGGUGACCUGGCAGCAGAUAGGAAUUAAUACAGAAAGAAAGAGCGAGAGAAGUAGGCAGUACUGAAGACCAGGAAGAUGGAGGUGAUAUGCAAGGGAUAAAAAAAAGUGUGAAAAGUAACAGAUUAAAUGGCUGUGAGGUAGCAGAGGGAGUAAGGAAGAGUAGGCAGCUGGUAAAGGCAUAACAGUAUAAAUUAAGACGUAAAACUUGCAAGUUACAUGAACAAUCUCCUUUUGCUGUUAAAGAUGAUGCUGGUCUUCCCAGCCAACACCACCAAGGAAAGGGCUGUGAGAGGCUCAGGUUCUAGUAGGGACCACUAGCAGGCAGGGGGCUUGAGCCUGAUCUGCAAUUGCUGCCCAGAAUCAUAGGAUUAUGCCUGUGCUUGGUCAGGGUCCUUGGGAAGCAACAGAUCCAUGUUCUGGCCAAAAUGCUUGGCAGCAUGAACCUCCCAGCACACUGGGUCACCAAGAGUGUAGUGAGGGAAGGGAGUUUCUUUCACUGGAAAGUUUCUUAAACCUCAUAUUUUAUUGGGAUUCCUGUAAUGGCUGUUCCCCAUUGGGAAAAAAUCAAACAAACCACAAAACCCCACAACCAAUCAACCAAAAAAAUCUCAGACUUAAAGCAUUUAAUUGUUAGCUCCAUUUUAUGCAUGUACCCACAAAUUCUAGCCAAUAAAUUUCUUUCAAAUACCUUCACCUUCUCUUUGUGUUUGGUAUCUUUGUAGAAAUUUUAUCAACUGCUGCUAAUUUUAGAGCAUGGAAUACUGCAGAUACUUCCAUCUACACAUAUUCCUGGAUUGAAGAAUGAACAAUGGGGAAAAAGAACCAAAAAAGAGUAUUGUUAAACUGUAAGCUUAAAACUGCACACUCUUCUCAAAGGAUUUGGAAGUGUAUUUGAGUCCCUGUUGCACCAGUGUUUUGCUCCGUGUGAGAAAACAUCUAGGUUAAAAGCCUCCGGAGGUAGCUUUGGUGAUUCUUUAAUGUUCCUGACUUUCUAAAGACUGACAGCGAACUUCAAAAAAUGUGGUUUUAGAAUAUUUUUAACUGCACAAAAAAAAGACAACUUAUUUGGGAAAAUAAAUGAACACAUUUGCUAUAUUAAGAUAUUAUACAACGCACAUACUAUGUCAAUAAAUAUUUUCUGUUUUUCUUUUCCUCUGUCAUGAUGUAGUUUGUUAGCUAUGGUGGUGUUACACAAACUCCAUUCUGUAAAUGCUUGUAAUAAGUUAUCAGUGAAUCAUCUGGGAUGUGGUCUUACAAGAUAUUAAUGUCUCUUUAAAUUUGGUCUGGGAAAAAAACCUCCCUGCCUACUCCUGUCUUCCAAGAUAAUUACUCCAUGAACAAAUUUGAUGAGUGAAAAUAAAAUUGGUUCAGCAAGGAAAUGA